AUGGACGACGACUACGUUGCGCAGGUCCUUGCCAAAGAGGCCCGGGAAACUUCUCAGAAGUACUCGGCUGAGGGCCUGUCAGCCUACAUGCCUCGCAAGCCCACAGGCAACGCUCCGAAGCCCAAUACCCGGUUUCUGCGGCACCUAAUCAAGGAAACGGACAAUCACAAUACAGCGCUGAAGCGGAAGGAGGAGAGAGAAGCCCGAGAACGAAUGCACCAGCUGAAAAACGAGGCCAAAGGCGACUCAACUUCCGCGUCGCAAACUUCCCGAAGACAAGAUCGCCCUAGCAGUACACGACACGCCGACAGACGCCACAAGGAGGACCGUGAUGACCGACAUAAUGCACACCGGAGACGACACCGGAGUCGUUCUACAUCUAGAGACAGAGACCGCUCUCGGCGGCAUCGGCGGAGGGACGAUGGUGACAGAGUGAGAGAGGAACGCAGAGACUGUGACCGUUCAGACCGACGGCGAGACCGUCACAAGCACGAGUCAUCUCGGACAGAGCGACAGGGCCGGGAGCGAUCACACUCGAGGUCUCGCAGUCGUUCUCCCCGCCGGGAUCGCAGUUCUGAACGCCACCGCGGCGAGCGGCGUUCUCGUCGAUCCAAGUCCCCGUCUGGCACGCAUUCAUCACUAUCACGCAGAACCCAUAGGGAUCGACGGUCUGAAAGGGCCGAGGCGACGAAUCGUGAAAGCCAUUCAUCUCGAGAUGCAGUCAACCGGUCCGAAUACAAAUCAUCUUCCACUACAACGACCCUACACCGCGAUAGAUCGGACGACGAGUCGGAUCCUCUGGAAGACCUCGUCGGCCCUCUUCCUCCUCAAGAUGGCCCAGGCUCGGCGCAUAUUCGCUCGCGAGGUCGGGGCGCCUACAAACCCAGUGCAAGUACCAUCGACGCUCAUUUUGCGGCGGAUUACGAUCCUACGCUGGACGUGCAACCCGACGAAGACACAUACAACGCGGAUAAGCGAUCUCGCCGCCCCGUUGCAGGUCUCAUGACCGAAGACGACGAUUGGGACAUGGCCCUCGAAGCGAUGCGCGACCGUGCCAAAUGGAGAAAAAAGGGAGAAGAACGACUGCGUGCAGCUGGCAUGAACGAUGCGACCAUUGAUCGGUGGAAGAGCAACGCCGCCUUCACCGGGCUGGACGGUGAGCGCAACCCCGAUGAUGUGAAAUGGUCGAAAAAGGGCGAGGGCCGAGAGUGGGAUCGUGGCAAAGUCAUGGACGACGAAGGCCACAUUGAUGUUCAGGCUGCUUGGAAGUAG